GGCCCCGCGCGGGGCAGGGGUGGUUGCUAAGAGGCAGCUGCGCAGGCGCCAGGGGCAGGCGCUGCACGCGGCCCCCGCCCGUGGCACGGCGCCGAGGACCCUCCCAGCCCCGCAGCCUCUGCCCGCCAUGGAGGUGGAGGAUGACUUCGAUGUUUUGGAUCCAGAGAGAUUGAUACAAUGUCCGUAUAAUAAGCACCAUCAAAUCAGAGCCUGUAGGUUUCCAUAUCACCUUGUAAAGUGCAAGAAGAGCUACCCUCAUGUUGCGAAGGAAUUGGCCACAUGUCCCUUCAAUGCUCGCCAUCUUGUUCCUCAAGCUGACCUCAGUGAUCACAUAUCAAAAUGCAAUGACAAAGGGUUCAUUGAGCAAGAUAUAGUGAACCAGUCUUCUGGCUUCCAGAGAGAGCAGGUGAAUGCUGUGAGCACUUGGCAGGCGCCUCCAUGUGAUGAAGACUGGGAAACUGAGUUGUUGGAGCAGCCAAAUUCCCCUUUCCUUUGGGGUAUGACCAAUUCUGGCAUAAACAGUUCCAGUACCACCUUUGGACAAAAGAAUUACCUACCUUCAAGUGUACGUGCGCCUGAGUCCUUCCCGUAUGCUGUAUCAGGGAAAGGCUAAAGCAUCGUGAUCAUGCCUUUACUGCUUCAAGCCUUAAGCCUUCGCUUUGUCGUGUUGGUGCAUGGUGCUUCAGUUCGUUUGAUUCAUCUAAUAAUGGGGAAUCCUCUGUGAAUUCCUUACAAUAUGUAAUCCAUUCUAUAUGCAUGUACACGGGUUAAAUUUAAACAGUAAGCUUAGUUACUUUUCUAGUUCCCAUUAGGGUUUUGUAGUUCCCAUUUAAAGAAAAGUUUACUAACACUUAAAACCUGUUGGAGAGCACUGAUGUAAUGUUUUUUUCCUGAGUCUGGGAAAGAGUUUAGAUCACUAUCAUAUACAUCUAGGGCUGUGUAAAUGUUUGGAUUAAGCAGAUUUGCAUCUUAAAAAUGAUUGAAAGUACAAAAUGAGGUCUAAAUACACAGACACAAUGAAGAAGCAGCAUAGGGUAUUUCUCUAGGAAGAAAUUAAUGUCAUUGGCAUUUUGAAAAGUGCUCCUCAAAACAAUGGAUUCUUACAAUUUGUAUUACUACCAAUGUAAAAUAAGGCAUGUUGACCAGCAUGUGCAAAAUUAAGAUUAUUUUAAAGUUUGAUUCUGUCAAAGUUCUUGUUCAAAAUGGUAAUUUACAAUAAAAAGAUUGUGAAUAGCCUUGGA